AUGUCAACAACGCAGAGUCCCGUAACCUCCUCAUUCAAACCUGAAACCCAUGUCUUGAAGGAUGAUGAAAAAGAAGUUUCAAGAACAGAACUUAUCGAUCAUGAAACAUUCGAUCAAUUACUUGAAAUGGAUGACGACGAGGACCACGAUUUUUCUAAAUCUAUAGUAUUGAAUUAUUUCGAACAGGCAGAAACGACCUUUGAUGACAUGGAUAAGGCUUUGGAGAAGAAAAAUCUUAUCGAAUUGUCAAAACUAGGACACUUCCUUAAGGGGAGUUCUGCAGCCAUUGGUCUCACGAAGGUUAAAGAAUCAUGUGAGAAAAUGCAACAUUUCGGUAAUAUGAAGGAUGAAACAGGAUCAAAUUCCAUUUCUGAAGAGGAUGCAUUAAUCAAAAUUUCAAAUUUACUGGAGAAAGUUAAAAGUGAAUAUAAAGAAGCGGAGGAUUACCUAAAAAAUUUUUAUUCUGAGCGGGACAAUACAGGUGAAAGUUAA